GUCUUCAAUUCCUUUGGCUUUUAGCUUUAGAUGAUCUGAUGAUCUGAUGGAAGUAAUAUUUCUAAGCUUUUAACUGGUUUACAUGGAAUCUUUAUGGUUUUGGGAAGCCAUAACUUCUUUUUUUGUGUGUGCAUGCUCACCCUUUGUUGUACUAUCAAAGCCUUUCCUUUUUCCUUUAAUCAUCCAAAGAAGAUACCUUUUAAUGGCGUCUUUAUCUUUGUUGGAAGUUCCUGACAGACACAUAACCCAAACUCUAAAGACCCAUAUCUCUCUCUUUGGUUAAAAGCUGAUGAGCCCGAAGAAGAUCGAAAAAGAAGAACACCAAAAGUUCUUAGAAGGGUAGUGGAAAUACUAUUAUCAACUCUUUUUCAUAGGUUCUUGUAGGUGAUGACUGAUGAUGCAAGCUAAAAUAGCAAUGGUGACUAGUCUUUACCAUCGGCCUCACCGGCAUCUCCUCGAUACACAACCGGACGGUGGAAAUGGGACACGGUCUGGUUUUACCAAUGAAGCCAAUUUCGACGCCAACAUGGUGAUCAUCCUAGCAGCUUUGCUUUGCGCAUUGAUAUGUGCUCUAGGACUAAACUCCAUCAUGCGUUGUGCGUUGCGUUGUGGCAGACGGUUCGGUUUCAAUGUCUCCGAUGGGACCGCUGCCGCACGUCUAGCCGCAUCGACGGGCCUUAAGAAAAGUGCGUUGCUACGGAUUCCGGUGGCAGUAUAUAGUCCAGGGAUGAAUUUGAAGGCUACAGAUUGUCCGAUUUGCCUUGGAGAAUUCAUGGAUGGUGAAAAAGUCAGGGAGUUGCCAAAAUGUAACCAUGGUUUUCACGUGAGGUGUAUAGAUACAUGGUUGAUGUCACGCUCGUCGUGCCCAACUUGCAGGCGGUCAUUGUUGGAUUUGGAUCAGACGACUAGCGGCGAUGCUGCGGCAGUGAUGGAAGACGGAUUAUGGCAACAGGGGAAUUCAUCAGGAGGACAACAAGCUGAUGUUGCAGAUGAGGUUGGUUGAGCCACAAGGGGACACAUAAGAGUAGUUUUUUUAAUGCUGCUUUGACAAUUUCUUAGUUUUGUUUAUGUAGAUGCAUAGAGACAACUAUAUACCAGCUUUGGGUUACUUGAGCUUGGUUCAUUGAAACGCAUAUUGCAAGCAAGCCCUUGUUAUCUAUAAUGGUGCUUAGCUGCCAUAUGACAUUCCUUUAGGUGGUUGGCCGCCUGCCGUCGGCGGUUCUCAACCAUCUUGAGGAGGGCCCUACGGCAUUGGAGACGGCAUAGGAUCACCGGAUCCGUAUGGGUGAUAUCCACCUAUGUUGCUCAGACUUUUCAAUAGAAUAAAGAGACUUAAAUCACAAUUAGACCUCAA